AGGGCCGUUCAUUGCUUUUCCUUUUGUCUUUCCUAAUUAAAGAGAACCGAUUUACUUCCGGAAAGCAGACGUAGAUACAAUGUUUCUGUGAAUUUCGUCUGCUGAUGCACUUCAUCUGCUUGCCCAGAAAUGUCUGUUGCGCUGUCAUUAACCAGCAGAUGCAUAGCGUGCAUGCACUGAAAUGGAAACGGCAAAAGAAGGAAAAAAGAAGAAGUUGGAAUGCAUUUAAGAGGGGAUAAACCUCGCAAAUGGUGGAUAGAUCACAGGGCACAAUCAGAAUGUGAGUAGGAGGAUGACCGUGACUCAGCCCACAAACAGCCAGCGUCAGAUCUCAGUCCUCCUUUUCCUUCCAUUCAAUGUCAUACAACAUCACGCCUUUGAAUUCAUAAAAGUCGACAUGUUGCAGAUUUCUUCCCUAUUACGUCCUUACUGAGAGUGUUGAACGAAAAACAGAGAACUACGAUUAUUAAGCCCAAGCGUCACGCUAUAAAGCCACCCACAAAAAAAAAGAUUCACAUCCACAAAAACCAUCCUGAAGAGAUUCACAACCCAAGAUCCAGACCCCCCUCCUCCGUCAGAAAAGAGAAUACUUUUUGGUGGAAGAACCGAAAGAAUCACGAAUGGGUAGAGACGAUGGAGCAGAGAGUGGGCAUGGCAAGAAGGACAGAGAGGAAGAGGAAGAGGAAGAGGUAGAGACGAUGGUGUCGGUGGAGAAAGCGUUCGAGAGCAAGGAGGUGCCGUCGUGGAGGCAGCAGCUGACGGUGAGGGCCUUCGCGGUGAGCUUCGUGCUCAGCGUCAUGUUCAGCUUCAUCGUGAUGAAGCUGAACCUGACGACCGGGAUCAUCCCGUCCCUGAACGUGUCCGCUGGGCUGCUGGGCUUCUUCUUCAUCAAGACCUGGACCAAAGUGCUGGAGAAGUCCGGGAUGUUGCAGGUCCCCUUCACGAGGCAGGAGAACACCGUGAUUCAGACCUGUGUUGUCGCCUCCUCCGGGAUCGCCUUUAGCGGAGGUUUUGGAAGCUACUUGUUUGCAAUGAGCGGACGAAUCGCCAGCCAAGCGGAGAGCGGACCCGGUACAAAUGACUACAAGGACCCAUCAUUGGGCUGGAUUAUUGGGUUCCUCUUCAUCGUUAGUUUUGUGGGGCUCUUGUCGGUGGUGCCUCUUAGGAAGAUCAUGAUCAUCGAUUUCAAAUUGACGUAUCCAAGUGGCACUGCAACUGCUCAUCUGAUCAACAGUUUCCACACGCCCGAAGGAGCCAAGCUAGCUAAGAAACAAGUGAGAGCACUGGGGAAAUUCUUUUCAUUCAGUUUCCUCUGGGCAUUCUUCCAGUGGUUCUACACUGCUGCAGAUUACUGUGGGUUUGUUAACUUUCCAACUUUGGGAUUGAAAGCCUAUGAGAACAAGUUCUACUUUGAUUUUUCUGCAACAUACGUUGGUGUGGGAAUGAUCUGCCCCUACAUCAUUAACAUAUCACUGCUUAUUGGGGGAAUACUGUCUUGGGGCUUGAUGUGGCCUCUCAUUGAGAAAAAAGAGGGCGACUGGUAUGAUAAACCAGAUCCAGGCAACAUGCACGGCAUCCAAGGUUACAAGGUAUUUAUAUCCAUAGCCAUGAUCCUUGGCGACGGCCUCUAUAACUUCUGUAAAGUGUUGAGUCGGACCCUUUUGGGUUUGUAUCAUCAACUUAGGAAAAAAAACAGUCUUCCGAGGGUUGCGAACGGCUCUCCUCCCGAGUCCCCUCAGCUCUCCUUUGAUGAGCAACGUCGGACAAGCCUCUUCCUCAAUGAUCAAAUCUCCAGUAUUUUCGCCGUUGGGGGCUACAUCGUGAUCGCGGUAAUCUCCAUUGUAUCUCUUCCUCACAUAUUCCACCAGCUCAAGUGGUACCACAUAUUGGUCGUCUACCUUGCAGCCCCCAUCUUGGCCUUUUGCAAUGCAUAUGGAUGCGGGCUCACUGACUGGUCCCUCGCGUCGACCUACGGGAAACUUGCCAUCUUUGUGAUUGGGGCAUGGGCUGGUGCGUCCCAUGGCGGGGUCCUCGCUGGCCUUGCUGCUUGUGGGGUCAUGAUGAACAUCGUCUCCACCGCCUCUGACCUAACUCAGGACUUCAAGACUGGGUAUAUGACCCUAGCUUCCCCUCGGUCCAUGUUUCUGAGCCAGGUGAUCGGGACUGCCAUGGGCUGUGUCAUAUCUCCGUCCGUCUUCUGGCUGUUCUACAAGGCGUUCAAGGACCUUGGUCUUAAGACCAGCACGUACCCAGCCCCUUAUGCCAGCAUCUACCGAAGCAUGGCUAUUUUGGGAGUGGAGGGAUUCUCGUCACUACCCAAACACUGCCUCACUCUCUGCUAUGGAUUCUUCGCAGCCGCAAUAGUCAUAAAUGCGAUUAGGGACUUGGUCCCCAAGAAGUAUUCGAGGUUUAUCCCGGUCCCUAUGGCCAUGGCAAUACCGUUUUAUUUGGGAUCGUAUUUUGCUAUUGACAUGUGCAUUGGGAGCCUGAUUUUGUUCUUGUGGGAGAGGAUGGACAAGACCAAGGCUGAUGCAUUUGCACCAGCAGUUGCUUCGGGAUUGAUUUGCGGAGAUGGGAUCUGGACUCUGCCGAGCUCCAUUCUCGCCCUUGUUGGCGUGAAGCCGCCCAUUUGCAUGAAGUUCUUGUCGAGGGCGGAGUUGCCGAAUUCCUAAAGGGCUCAUGAAUCGAGCGCAAAAGAUGGGUUUCUGAGAAUGGUAGCACAUAAUGUUUGUAUGAACGUGGCAGUUAACGUUAUUUUCUAAAUGCAGUUGGAUGGAAAUUUAGAAGAGAAUAAAGCAUAGUAAUCAAUAUGGUUCAUAGUGUCAAGUUAAUGUUGGACUUUGCUGAUAUUGUUGCUUGGAGAUGUUCAAGACUAGUUA